AUGUACCUGGUCACAGUACUUGGAAACCUGCUCAUCAUCCUUGCAGUCAGCUCUGACUCCCACUUCCACACCCCCAUGUACUUCUUCCUCUACAACCUGGCCAUUGUUGACAUCUCUUUCAUUUCCACCACAGUCCCAAAGAUUAUUGUAGACAUCUCAACUCAGAACAGAGUCAUCUCCUAUGUGGGCUGCCUCAUCCAAAUGUGUCUUUUAUCCUUUUUUGCAAGUAUGGAUGACAUGCUUCUGACUGUGAUGGCCUAUGACGGGUUUGUGGCAAUUUGCCACCCCAUUCACUAUGCUGCCAUUAUGAAUCCUUGCCUCUGUGUCUUACUUCUUCUGCUUUCUCUCUUCAUUCACCUUUUGAACUCCCAGCUGCACAAUAUAGUUUCCUUGCAAUUUACCUGUUUCAAAGAUGUGGAAAUUGCUAAUUUCUUCUGUUAUCCUUCACAAGUCUUUAACCUUUCAUGUUCUGGUACCUUAUUCAAAACCAUGGUCACAUAUUUUGUUGGUGCCAUAUUUGGCUUUAUUCCCAUGUUAGGGAUCAUUUUCUCUUACUAUAAAAUUGUUUCCUCCAUUCUCAAAAUCCCUUCAUCAGGUGGGAGAUACAAAGCCUUUUCUACCUGUAUUUCUCAUGUGUUAGUUGUUUUCUUAUUUUAUGGUACCAGCAUUGGAGUGUACCUUGGUUCAGAUGUGUCAUAUUCUCCCAGGAAUGGCAUGGUGGCUUCAUUGAUGUGCACUGUGGUCACCUCUAUGCUGAAUCCCUUCGUCUACAGCCAGAGAAACAGGGACAUUUGCAGCACCCUUAGGAAGCUCCAAAGUUAGAUUCCACAGCAAAUCUAAUCUACAGAUGUGUGGGGUCCAUUUGGAAUGUAGAAAUAUAGCUGAACUGAAUGUAGAAAACUCAAUGAAAAUAUUUCUUGGUUGAUUACAUUAUUUUAGAAGUUUGAUGUCUUCUAUUUUAUAUAAUAUACAUAGAAGAAUUGAGACUGAUUUGGGGAAUGGUGAAAUUUAUUGUUUUAAUAUCAGUGCAAAGUUCAUUUAGGAAUUUGUAAAAAUUUUGGUAGAUGGA